GUGUGGACCGAUGGAAAGAUGGAGGGCAAAGUUGCUUCUGACAUCACUUCCUGUCAACACGUGUUGGUCUGCUGCCUUCUGGAAUUGGGAGCUCUGAUCCAAGGACUGGGCUCCACUGUCGCCCCCCUGUUGAGUGACAGCAGCACAGGCGUCCUGGACUCGGUGGUCCCCGUCUUCCUUCACCCCGUUUCCUCAGCUCGUCUGGCCGCCGCCUGGUGCCUGCGCUGUGUUGCCAUGGCGAUGCCGUCCCUGUGCGCCCCGCUGCUGGAUCGCUGCGCAGAGCGGCUGGCGGCGCUGAAGUCUUCCCCCGAGGCCGUGGCCGGCUACGGAGCUGCCGUCGCCGCCCUGGUGGCUGCCGUGCAGCACUGCCCCUUGGGAAUACCACAUGCCAAGGGCAAGAUGGUUUUGGAUCUCGCUGAGGACUUGCUGCGCUCGGCCUCUCAGAACAGUCGCAUCUCUCUACAGAGGACGCAGGCUGGCUGGCUGCUCAUCUCCUCUCUCUUCACUCUAGGUGCGACUGUCGUGGAGCAGCAUCUGCCACGCCUCCUCCUCCUCUGGCGCUGUGUGUUUCCCGCCUCCCUCAGAGAGCAGGAGAUGGAGCUGAGGCGAGGGGACUACUUUACAUGGAAGGUUACCCUGGAGGGCCGCGCCGGGGCGCUCUAUUCGAUGAGGAUGCUGCUGCUGCACUGCAAGGAUCUGGCCAGCGAUGAUGUAAUCAAGCGUCUCCACACGCCCGUCUUGUGUGCCGUGGGCCUCCUCCCCAAACUUCCUGCUCUCACGGGGUCCUACGGCGCUUGUGUCGGGGCCUGGACGCUUACUUACCGCCUGCGAGUGUACGAGCUGCUUGCUGUGCUGCCGCCGCACACCUACCAAGAGAGUUUUGGUUUGCUAAUGAACCAGCUGGUGUGGAACCUUCUGGCCCAGGAGAACCUCAGCCAGCCCUGCUCAGAGCCCGCCUUUCUGCUGCGCUUCUGUCACCGUGACGACGCGCUGCUGCUGGGCCCCGCCCCCCAUGACGGCCAGCACACACACAUUGAGGAGCAGGUGUACGUGUCUGCCGGCUCGCUGGACAACGACCCCUUUGCCGUGUGCAAGAGGGGCCACCAAGUGCCCUCGCCGCUCCCUCCCGCCGCUGCCCUGACCAGUGCCGCUGCACACCUCUUUGGACUGGUCUUCCCUCACAUCAUCUCCGCUCAGAGAGCCAAGAUCCUGGAACACUUUCUGGAGACCUUCAAGCAGCUGAAAGGCCAAAGGCAGAAGACGGUCCAGACCCACGUCUGUGCUGCCCUCUGUAGUUUGCUUAGGCACCCGCCCAGCAGCCACAGCCUUCUGGGCCCGGAGGAGGCUCGUCUGCCCGUAGUGUCCCUCCUGAUGGCGGCGCUGGACAGCCCCAGUCCUCUUCUACGGUGCGUGGCGGCCGAGGGCCUGGCCCGUCUCGUGCAAGUGGUCGGAGACGCCGGCUUCACCGUCUCCGUCUCACUGCUCUGCUUGGACAGGCUGAAGACGGCUCGAGAUGGCGCGUCCCGCAGUGGCUGCGCUCUGGCUCUAGGGGCGCUGCAUCGCUACGUGGGCGGCAUCAGCUCACCCCAACAUCUGUCCACGUGUUUGGGAGUGCUCUUCACUCUGAGUCAGGACGGCACGUCGCCUGAGGUUCAGACCUGGUCCCUACACAGUCUGGCCCUGGUGGUGGACCUGUCCUGCGGCCUGUACCACGCCCAUGCAGACCCGACUUUUGCGCUGGUGCUGCGCCUCUUGCUCCUGGCUCCGCCCACCCACCCCGAGGUUCAUGGCAGCCUGGGUCGCUGCCUGCACGCCCUCAUCACGUGCCUGGGCCCCGACCUGCAAGGGGAGGGGCCCGCCGUGACGGCGUUACGCUCCAGUUGCACGCUGGCCUGUAGCGCCAUGCAGGCCACGCCCCACUGCUUGGUUCAAGCCUCCGCAAUCUCCUGCCUGCAGCAGCUGCACAUGUUCUGCCCGCAACAUCUUCACCUGGUCGGCCUGGUCCCUGCACUAUGUGCCAACCUGUGCAGCUCCCGUGUGAGUCUGCGGCGGGCGGUGGUGUCCUGUCUGAGGCAGCUGGUCCAGCGAGAGGCGCUGCAGGUGUGUGAGCUGGCUGUGACGCAGGUGAAAGAACUGCAGAGACCAAGCAACACACACCUGGAUGUCACCAUCAAGGAGGUGGGCCUGGAAGGGGCGCUCGUCUCUCUGCUGGACCAGGAGUCGGAUCCAGUGCUCCAGAGGGACAUCCGGGAGACUCUGGUCCACAUGAUGGCAUCCAGUGCCACCAGCGGCCGGCUGGCACACUGGCUCAAGCUCUGCAAAGACGUCCUGUCAGCGUCCAACAACUCGUGCACUCAUGCAGACCGGGGCACUUUGUCCGGGGCGGACGGAGACGAGGAGGAGGUGGACAACGUCCAAGACGACGACUCGUCCGUCUUCAGUGCCCGACCAGAGUCUGCCGGCCCUUUCAAGGCGCUGCGCUGGUCCACGCGCCGCUUCGCCAUGGAGUGUGUGUGUCGCAUCGUGGCGCAGUGCCAGAAGGACGAUCCCGCCCACUUUGACUUGGCGCUGGCUCAGGCACGCCGCGCCAACGCAUCCACGGACUUCCUGGUCCUUCACCUGGGAGAUCUGGUCCGCAUGGCGUUCAUGGCGGCGACAGACCACAGUGACCAGCUACGACUGGCGGGCCUGCACACCCUGCUGGUCAUCAUCCAACAGUUCUCGGCCAUCGCGGAACCCGAGUUCCCCGGUCACGUGAUCCUAGAGCAGUACCAGGCCAACGUGGGAGCUGCUCUCAGACCGGCCUUUGGUCCUGACGCACCUCCUGAUGUCACAGCCAAGGCCUGUCAGGUCUGCAGCACCUGGAUAGCGAGCGGUGUGGUCAGCGACCACCGUGACCUCAGGCGCGUCCACCAGCUCCUGGCCAGCUCCUUGGCCAAGGUCCAGACCGGCAGCGACCUGUGCAGUCAGGUGUACAAUGAGGCCACCGUUACCAUGGAAACCCUGGCUGUCCUCAAGGCCUGGGCACAGGUCUACAUCGUGGCCGUCCGCAGGAGUGGACGGGAGACGGGCCCGGGUAGGACCGACUCCGAGUCCGGAGGGCCGAGCCUACUGGCACUGGUCCAAGCCGACCUGGCCAAGUUGAGCCGCCUGUGGUUGGCGGCGCUGCAGGACUGCAGUGCCUUGAUGCUCCCGCGGGACCACGUGUCUGAUACAGGAGGUUCCUUCUACUCUUCACAAACAGCCAACCAGACCAGGACUCACUUCUCCUCCUCAUGGGCUACCAUCUUGCACGCCACCUCACUCUGGCUCCAAAGCACAGGUUUCGUGAUUUCUGACGACGGCCCCGCUAACCUGUCCAGACCGGUCACGCCUACCUCCAUGGGCCACAGCGGCUCGUUGGGCAGGGCCAAGAGUGCGGAGGACAUCAACGUGGAGCGCCUGCACCUCAUCCUAGGUCUCAGCGUGCACUUCCUGUGUUCUCCUCACUCCGAGGAGCAGACAGAGAACAUCGCUUCCUGUCUGCAAGGGCUGCAGACGCUGCUGGACGUCCCCUGGACUCGAGCCACGGUGGCCAGAGACCAGGUUCUGAGCGUGGAGCUGCUCGGCGUGCUCCAUAGGCUGAUGGUCACCAGAGAGUCGGUGGCCAUCCAGGCGGCCAUGUUGGACUUGCUGAGUCAGAUCGUGACGUCCACUCAGGAGCACAUCAGAGAAAAGCGACACAGUGCAGAAGUGGAUGACGGCGCUUCCGAGAAGGAGACCGUGCCAGAGUUUGGGGAGGGGAGGGACACGGGCGGUCUGAUACCCGGACGCUCGCUGGUCUUCGGAGCGUUGGAGAUCUGCCUCUGCGUGCUGGUCCGCAAGCUCCCGAGACUCAGUCCCAAACUGUCCGGAAGCCGACCGACAGGUCCUGCCGGUACCCCGUGGAGUCUGGAUGACGGCGAUUGUCACCUGCUGGCGUCUGCCGUGUGUGUCCUGUCUCAGCUGCCGUCCAUCUGCUCGCCAGAAGGAAGUGUGUCCAUCCUGCCGACCGUCCUCUACCUGCUGCUGGGAGUCCUGCGGGAGUUAGCGCUCCCACCCGCUGGCACGCGCUCCGCAGUCCACAGUACAGAAGCACACUUGUGCCCUUUGCCUGAGACCCUGGAGUUGGGCUCAAGGAGCGGACCCUGGCAAGUGGUCCGGGCGCUUCUGCAAGCACUGAAGACGGUGUUGACAUCCUCCAUGAGUCGCCAGGAGAAGAGCGGCGGGGCUUGGAAAGUGAUGCUGCGCUCGGCUCUCAGCACCCUCCUAGACCUGUGGAACACUGGGUCUAGCGGUGUGGAUGGUGUCAUCCUGCUCACAGCUCUGACUGUCUUCCUGCUGUCAGCUGGUCCAAGUGUUUGUGUGGUGCAGCCCCUGCACGCGCUCACUCUGCAACGCUUCUCCAGCAGCAUGGACGCCAAGGACCCGGGGGAGGCCACUCGAUGUUUCCAGCUGCUGGCGUCACUGUUUGGGGCCCCACAGGAGCAGAGUGUCCCUUACAUCCGGGCCCUUGGACCUGGACUGCUGCGGUUUCUGCAGAAGGUGGAGGGGCGGCGACCUGGGUGCCCAGAAGAUCUGCAGGUGGUUCUGGAGGGCCUGAGAGCCAUGGAGGUUCUGGUGCAGGCGGCCCAAGUGUCCCAGCGUCCCCCGCUGGUGGCCAUUUUGUUUCCUCUACUCAUCUCCUUCCUGCUGGAUGAGAAUGCGCUGUGUUCCGCUGACGCAGCGUCUCGCUCGCUACACCGUGCGGCGCUAAAGGACCUAAUGCGCCUUGGACCCCAGCACUCGGACGUCUUCAGGUCUCUGGUCUCCACCUAUCCUCACCUCAAGUGUCGCCUGGAAGCGGCCCUCAAGGGAACCCAGGAGCGUGCCGCCGAUGCUAAAGCUAGCAGCAGCACCAAGUCGUCUCCCAGCAUCACCCUCAAAACCAACUUUCUGUAGGCUCAUAAAUACUUCCAUCCAUCCAUCCAUUUUCUACCGCUUAUUCCCUUCGGGGUCGCGGGGGGCGCUGGAGCCUAUCUCAGCUACAAUCGGGCGGAAGGCGGGGUACACCCUGGACAAGUCGCCACCUCAUUGCAGGGCCAACACAGAUAGACAGACAACAUACAACAUGUUGUUAAUUAUGCAGAAAUACAAUAAUAUGUUAUCUAUUAAUUAUGUAUUUGUCAUUAUGUAUUGUACUAAUUAUGCAUAAUUACAAGUGUAAAUAAAAACAGACAUUGGAAUUCCUGC